AAUCAUACAUUGGUGGUGUUCAUUGUUUAGUCGCAAUGCCUACACCGACAGCAGCAGGAGGAGCGUGGCUACGGCGUUGGGGGUCCCGAGUCGCUCUUCUCGUGGCCUUGUCCUGCCAUGCCAUCGUGAAAGCCCAGGACGAAGGACAUGCGACAACGACCACAGAGGUGCCGGGGGGACAUGGUUCGUUCAAGGUCAAUGCGACCUCUUCGACGCACGAGAACGAAGGACAAGAACGUGAAGAAGCAGCUGGCGACGAAGUGUUCUACAAUGUGAUGGCAUCGAUUGCUACGAUCACCGUGUUGAUCUUUCUGUCGAUUGUGUUUGAAAUGGGUGCCGAGUGGCUUCGAGAAUCCACCGAAGAGAUCAACAUGCCGUUCGUCAACACGAUAUUCAACGAGCUCACGACGCUUGGGUUUAUCGGGUCGAUUUUGUUUCUCAUGUCCAAGUCGGGGUACUUGGGACAGAUUUCCCAAGCGUUGUUUGGCCACGACAAGAACAUGGAGCUCCAAGAAACGAUUGAAAUGCUGCACAUGGCGCUGUUUCUGUUUGUGAUCAUCUUUCUCCUGCUUUGCAUUGUGUUGCUUCAAUUUGGCAUUCAAGUGCAAAGUGAACUUCGCGAAUUUGAACGGCGCGCGCCAUAUGUCCAAGUCGUGGUCGCGGAUUACUGCUUGUCCACAGAGCCUGCCACGUCAUGGUGGGACAAACUAAACUGGCGCCGAUGGCAAGAAAUCGCGAAAAGCAAACGCGAAAUGGUGUAUGUGAGUCUCCGUCGUCGGUUCGUCGACUACCAUUCCAACCAUCCUGACCCUGCCAAGGCCAAAGAACUUGCAAAGGACUUUCAGCUUGAAAAGGACACUCGAUUUCCGUUCAAUGAGUACUUGACCAUCAUAUCCGGCGAAGUGAUGGCUCGUCUCAUUCAAAUCGACGCAAUCACGUGGGUGGCGCUCGAGAUUUGCAUCGUGGCGUUGAUUUGUCUCUGUUGGUGGGUGGGCCCAGACAACGAAGUGUUUGUCUUACUGGGGGGCGGGGCCGUCCUCAUCGGGCUCAAUCAAAUCGUGUACCGCCGCAUCUCGACCAUGCGAACGCUCUUGACCCCCCCUCUCCUCUUCAAGAAGGCCGAGCGCUACCGCACCAAGCCGGCGUGGCGCGCGCAGCACGGCCUGCCCCUCCUGCCAUCGUCGCCCUUGAUGUCGGACGAAAAGGUACCACUGCUCCCGUCCGAGGAAAAGCUGGCGACCGACAACACCCCGCCCUACCUCCUCAACUUACCCCUCGGCGGUGUCGACUUGACAUCGCAAGAACUCGCCGACCGCCAAAAAGCGCUUCUUGGGGGCGGCAACGGCGUGUUGCUGGCGCUGUUCUCGACGCGCCUCGUGUUUUUGUUCACGGCGCUGCACCUAAGUGUGUUUGUCAUGCGCACGUCGGGGCAGCUGAUCCGCCGCGACGACCUCCACGCCGUGGAAAAAGCAGUCAUAUUUGUCCUGUUGGCGCUUCCCAGCUUGAUUGUCGCGAGUGUGUCCACAAUGAUUGCUCGGGAUGGUUUGUACUGUUUCAAUGUGGAAGCGAUGAAAGUGCCGCGGGUGAUCAACAAGGUCAUGCGCAUCCUCAAAGCCCGACAGACGCUGCGCACGCUUCGCUUUGUCGCAGAAAUGAAAGUCUACUUGCGGGAGCACCACGCGACGGAGGGAAAGGCCGCGUCCAUGAAGAACCCUCCGACUUCCCCAGACCCCGCCGACGACCUCCGCCGCCGAUCGUUGUCGUUCAAUGACACCGCUACGUUGCCGACCCAUCACCGCCCGUCCCAGCUCCUCCACGGCGCCACGUCAUCGCCUGGAACGGGGGACAAGCUGUCGCUGCUGUCGCCCCGCAGUCGCUCCAACGUUGAAGAGCCCAUGUCUCCAAUGAGUGAGCCCAGUUCGCGCUCCAAAGCACCUGGGCGGCGGGCCAAAUACGACGAGGAAACCGAACGCCGUGAAAUCAACUCGAUCUUUUCCCUCUUUGACCGCGACCAGUCGGGCGCGAUCACCCGCGAUGAAAUGGAAUCGCUUUUGCAUGUCAUCUCCCCCGACAUGACGGAAUCCCAAAUCUCGCGCAUCAUUGUCGUCUUGGACGAGCACCACACGGGCGAAGUCACGUUUGACGAGUUUUACCGCUGGUGUCGGUCGCACAUCCAUAACCACUCGUCGAAACAUUCCAAACACCAUUUGAUUCGCGAAGUAUUCAAAAUGAUCGACACGGACGGCAGUGGCUUUAUCACCGUCGAAGUACGUUUACUAUUUAUUCACUGUAUUGUUGACAGUGAAUCAUGCGAUCAACACAAACAACGGGCAGGAAUUUGUCGCGAUUUUCAAAGCCCUCGGCCAGUCGCUCGACCACGAAGACGUGCGCGAACUCGUCUACCAAAUCGACCGCAACAGCGACGGCAAGAUUGACUUUGAGGAAUUUGAAAAAAUGCUGCACAAGCAUGCCGUGUGAUCCCCCCCCCGACCCCCCCCCCUUUCCGUCCGCCCCGUUGAAUGUCGUACAUUGGAUAUAUAGGUUGCAUCGAAAACGUUAGUUAUUAAAAACUACACAUGUUGUUGUUAAU